AUGAGUUCUUUAGGUCCACUCCAACUCCUUCGUAAAUGGAUUGAAGAGCACAAAACCAUUGAUGACUCCGACCCUGGAUUUAUAAGUGUCGAUGGAGAAAAGAUUGAUUUAGAAUCGGAAGCUAAUUAUACUCCAAAGAAAGGCUCGAAGUUAUCAAUGCGAACAGUUUAUCUCUCAUUAACCACGGAUCGUUUCGUGGACUAUGUUAAGCAAUGCCAAGCUGCUAAAAUUAACUUUAUGAAUUUCCCCGAUUAUAAAGCUAUUACAAGCUACUUACAUUCCAAAUCUGAUGUCCUCGAAGGCCUUAUUACCGAUAACAAGGAAGAAGAGGCUCAGCCAGCAGAAGAACAACAAGUUCCUGUUGCUCCAGUUGUUGAGACUCAAGUUCCUCAGCCAGUUCAACAAGAAGUUAGGCCAGAACCUGUUGUUGUUGAAUCUUCUCAAACAAAUAAGAUUCAUGAUGACUUCCAAAAGAGAGCUUCUGAAAAAACUGGCGAACAAGUCGAAUACGACAUUUUAAGACCAAUUGAUUCAGUUUUACUUAACGAAAAAGACUUCUCAGAAAUGAUUACUCAUACAAAUUCAAUCGUAAACUAUCAGCAGCAGAACCGAGAUAAUCAAUACGAUUCUUCAGCUUCUUCUCUUAUUGAUGCAAACCAAUCAAGAAUUUUCAAGAAGCCAAUCAUAUUGGUACCAAAGACAAGCCAAUGCGCUCUCAACAAUACGAAUAUCAAGCAAUUUUUGGUAGAAAACAUUUGGAGCGAACCAGAUGAAGGAGGCGAAAACCACUUCGUUAUUAAUCACCCCCAUACUGUUACUGGUAAGAUUAUUGACUUCGAUGUCGUUGCAGAUCCAAAGUUAUUGAAAUUAGAAGAUUGGAAGUACGUUGUUGCUAUUUUCAUCAGUGGUUUCAAGUGGGAACUCAACGAUUUCCAUGCAGAUGAUGAUAACAGACAACACGACGUCAGUAAAUUGUUCCAAAGAUAUCUCGGCAUUUACGUUUGUUUCGAUAACGAUCAGAACUACUCUACAGUUCAGAACUGGAAAGUUAAGAUUUACCAGAUCUCUCACGCCCAGAGUUUCCUUCAAUCUCAGGUUGCAAACAAGAUUUGGCAGGAAAUUGAAAAUAACUAUCGUAAGAUCUAUCACAAACAGUAA